UGGGGAGGAGCCAUGCGUGCGGCAAACCAGGGGAGGGGCAGAUCUGCAUAAACGGGACCCCAGCUGGUGGGGUGAGGGCAGACUUCAGUAGGGUUAAGCUUGGUGGAGACAAGAGUCCCGCCACAGAAGAGAGUGGGUGAGGGGGGAAUCCAAACUGGUGGGAUCUUGAGGGUCUGGCACCUUACGGUGAGAGCUUGUGUGGGGAGGCGCUGGCCGGGGAGGGCUUGCAGAGCCCCUGUGGAGAAAAGGCGACUGAUGGCUCCUUACAGAGUGAGGAUUGGACACUUAACAUGGAGAUCUGUGACAUUAUCAACGAGACGGAAGAAGGUCCAAAGGAUGCUAUCCGAGCACUGAAGAAGAGGCUGAAUGGAAACAGAAAUUACAGAGAGGUGAUGCUGGCUCUAACGGUAUUGGAGACCUGUGUGAAAAACUGUGGCCAUCGCUUCCAUGUCCUAGUGGCAAACCGAGACUUCAUAGAUGGUGUUCUGGUGAAAAUCAUCUCACCCAAGAACAAUCCUCCCACCAUUGUACAGGAUAAAGUACUAGCCCUGAUUCAGGCUUGGGCAGAUGCAUUUCGAAGUAGCCCUGACCUAACUGGAGUAGUGCAUAUUUAUGAAGAACUCAAAAGGAAAGGGAUAGAGUUUCCUAUGGCAGAUCUUGAUGCUUUGUCUCCAAUACACACACCACAGAGGAGUGUUCCUGAAGUAGAUCCAGCAGCAAAUAUGCAUGUGUCCCAGUCCCAGCAAAAGACGAGCACGAGUUCCUAUUCAUCCCCAUCUCCUACUGCAUAUCCAGCUCCUCAGGCCCCAUCUCUGAAUGUGACUGGUCCCAUCACUGCCAAUUCUGAGCAGAUCGCCCGGCUGCGUAGUGAACUGGAUAUUGUUCGUGGGAACACAAACGUGAUGUCUGAAAUGUUAACAGAAAUGGUUCCUGGACAGGAGGAUUCAUCGGACCUUGAGUUACUACAGGAAUUGAACCGAACCUGUAGAGCUAUGCAACAGAGGAUUGUGGAACUUAUCUCCCGAGUGUCCAAUGAAGAAGUCACGGAGGAACUGCUGCAUGUGAAUGAUGAUUUAAAUAACGUCUUCCUCAGAUAUGAGAGGUUUGAACGGUACAGAUCAGGCCGUUUGGCACAAAGCGCCACUAAUGGAGUGCUGAGUGAAGUGACGGAGGAUAAUUUAAUAGAUCUGGGCCCUGGUUCCCCAGCUGUUGUGAGCCCAAUGGUAGGGAGCACAGCACCUCCAACUUCACUUUCCUCGCAACUUGCAGGGCUUGACUUGGGCACAGACAGCGUCAGUGGAACACUCAGCUCCCUUCAACACUGUAACCCUCGAGAUGACUUUGACAUGUUUGCGCAGACAAGAGGCAGUUCCUUGGCUGACCAACGGAAGAGUGUGACAUAUGAGGAUCCACAGGCUGUUAAAGGACUGGCAUCUGCUCUGGAUGUUCGAAAACAGAACACAGGAGGGAGGAGAGGUAAAGGUGGGAGCUCAGACAUGGAGCCCAUAGACAAGUGGCUAAUUACACAAGGAAUGAUCCCCGUUGCACAGUCCUCUGUCAUGGAUGACAUUGAGGAGUGGCUCAGUACCGACUUGAAAGGAGAAGAACUGGAAGAAGGCGUGACAAGUGAAGAGUUUGACAAAUUUUUAGAAGAACGAGCCAAAGCUGCCGAGACGGUCCCAAAUUUACCUUCUCCUCCGCUGGAGGCCCCCACUCCUCCUACGAAUCCUUCAGGCAGGAAGAAGCAGGAGCGCUCAGAGGACGCCCUCUUCGCACUGUAAAGAGCACUCCUGGCAACCAUCCCCGUGCUCUGCAGAAGAAUGUCUCUAUACAGUCACAUUGUCCUCUCACGGUUCUUGGCUACCAUGACCCUCUUGCCCUCCUGGUUUCAUCAAUUGCUUCUCUUGCUUAUCUCUAAAACAUCCUCCCUCCCACAGCUGACUUUUGUAUUAAAGGCCAGCUCUGCUCCUGCCAGACCACAGUUCUCCAGCUUAACCUGCCCCCCUCCCAUUCCCAUCCAAGCUGCAUAAGAACAGCUCUGAAUGCCGAAAACCCCCUUAAAACGCAUGAGUUUUUCUUUACCUUGUUG